UCUCGGGGCGAAUCGGUGGUUUCCGGUUCUGCCGUCCUCUUUCUCUUCGAGGAGGCGGCCGAGCGGUAGACGCAGAGAUGCAGAUCUUUGUGAAGACCCUGACCGGCAAGACCAUCACUCUCGAGGUCGAGCCCAGUGACACCAUCGAGAAUGUCAAAGCCAAAAUCCAAGACAAGGAGGGCAUCCCACCUGACCAGCAGCGUCUGAUUUUUGCGGGCAAACAGCUGGAGGAUGGCCGCACUCUCUCAGACUACAACAUCCAGAAAGAGUCCACCCUGCACCUGGUGCUGCGUCUGCGCGGCGGCAUCAUCGAGCCUUCUCUGCGCCAGCUUGCCCAGAAGUACAACUGCGACAAGAUGAUCUGCCGCAAGUGUUACGCUCGCCUGCACCCCCGUGCUGUCAACUGCCGCAAGAAGAAGUGCGGCCACACCAACAACCUGCGCCCCAAAAAGAAGGUCAAAUAAGGGCCCCUCUUAGCCGGUUCCCCUGCUUCCUGCUGAUGGCCUCCUCCCAAGCCCCAUAACCCUGGGCCUUCAAUAAAGUCUCCCUUUCGUUGAACUGAAGCAG